CUCUGAGCCACCCCAACAGUCAAAUGUAAACUAUUAGGUGGCUAGGAACGCUUGUGGUAUGAUAACAAACUUAGUCGCGAGCGUGUUUAUAUUAUUUUUUACAUCUUGAGUAGUCGCCUGCUAGUUUGUUCGAGAUCUCAUUUAGUGUGCAAUAGUAUUUAGUAUAUUGCCGUUUAUCUAUGUUUUAGUUCAGACUAUGAUCGAAUCGCAUUAAAGAUUAUGGAUGAGAAAAAAAUAACUACUUCUGAGAGUAUUAGAAUAUUAAGGGAAGUUAGCGUUAGUAGAAGGCAGCAGAUUCAGGAAUCUUAUAAGGAAGUUAAAUGUAUGGGAGAGCUUGAAUACGAUGAGUUUUCAAAUUCAACCGGUUACUGUAGUAGCAGUUAUGAUGAUGAGGUAUUUAUUGAUACUGAUGAUACAAGAGAUAUAACAAGAAUACGAGUGAUAUCAGAGCCUAGAAAGCGUAGGACAUCAGACGUUAUAGAUUCCAUGGGUGAUUCGCCUCCAAAAGACAAAAGCUAUUUUCCUGGAGACUUUCUUGAUCCUGGAUCGCCUCCAGUCACACCAGGAUCGGACAUGGGGUAUUACAGCAAUUGUGGUUUUUCGUCACCUCCUUCCUUGCUGAACUACAAGCCCGCCUGGUCUAGAUUCAGUAGCUUGAGCAUCGAUGGGCCAUCUUUAGAAGAAAAGAAACCGGGCCAUUGGGACCAAACUGAUGCUGAUGAUGAAUCAGAUGCCAAGCCUAAUCGGAACCCUAGUUAUUUGACACAAAAUACAGCUAUUGGACCGAUGCCAGUUGCAAGAGACAGUGAUGAAUAUUGUAUGAAUCACAGGAGCCGUGGAUAUGCUCAUAUCUUCAAUCAUGAUGUGUUCGAUAAAAUGCCAGAGCGCAAAGGCUCAAGGUUAGAUGUAGAGCAACUUGAAGCAACCUAUAAAUUGUUAGGUUUUGAUGUUAUAGUUCACGACAACCUAGAUUUGAGCGGAAUCACACAAGUCAUUAGACAAAUUGCCGAUGAAGACCAUUCAGACAGUGAUUGUCUCUCCAUUUCGAUUUUGACACAUGGCCAAGAACCGAAUCUUCUGUAUUCACGUGAUUAUAUAUAUUCGUUUGAUCUAUUGUGGCAGUCUUUCACACCAGAUAAAUGUAUUACGCUAGCUGGAAAACCGAAAGUGUUCUUCGUUCAGGCUUGUCGUGGACAAAAAUUGGAUUCAGGAAUACAUCUAGUAAAACGAGCUAGUACAGAGAUUGAUUCUGGAUGCGACUCAUACAAAAUACCAAAAAUGGCCGACUUUCUCAUUGCUUACAGCACAGCUGAAGGUUACUACUCAUGGCGUAAUCCUGAAAAUGGUACUUGGUUUGUACAGUCUCUUUGUCGAGUUCUUCGAGAACAUCAUCUAACUAAAGAUCUCUUACGCAUGUUGACAAUUGUCAGUCGCAUUGUAGCUGUCGAGCACGAAUCAUAUAAUGAUACUCGUUUGGAUCGACACGCACAAAAGCAAGUUCCAAGUAUCAGCAGUACUCUUAUUAGAGAUCUGUAUUGGAAACCUAAAACCACGUGAUUAGAACCAUAAACGAAUAAAGAAGAGUCUUUCAGUAGAAGGUAUUUGUAUCUCUUAUUUUUUCUUUUUUUUAACUGAAAAGAUGGA